UAACUCACCCUGUACAAAGUUCGCGCCAAAAAAUGGAAAAAAUGAAUUGUCAUUUAAUUUUGAGUGUUAAGUAUAUAGACAUAACCUCAGGUCACGUCACCUAAGUUGACACGAACGCUAUCCAGACAGUUCUUUAUUAUGAUAAUGAUCGAGGUCAAACUUGACCCAAUUUUGUGUCUACUUUGCUGUUCACUCGGAUAAUGGUUUGACGUACGUCAGCACCAGAUUAAAAGAGUAUAUAAAUAGGCGAUGGUUUUCAGGCUCUGCACUUUUCCUGGCGCCCGAGCGAGUACAUCAUCCAGGGUUUUCCCAAAGUGUUCUCAAAAUGCUGUUUCAGGUAUUUUGCGUUGUCCUGGCGUUGGCUUUCUGCCUUGGGCCACUGCUCAAGGCGCUGCGGAAGCGAGGUGCGAUUGGGAAGCUACCCUGUCCACCAGGACGUCACUGGUUCCACGGGCAUGCGAAGCAAGGCCCCUUCGACCCCGGCUUCAAAUGGCUGAUGGACACCGUCAAAACCUUCCCCCGUAUCUACACCUUAUGGCUGGGACCUGUUGCUCCAUUACCCAUGCUGGUUCAUCCAGAUACCAUCAAACCGAUUCUGAAUGGCACGGUAAAGAGCAAAAAGUCUCCCUUAUACGACUCCAUGAGGGACUGGAUCGGUGAGGGAUUGGCCCUCUCCGAAGGAGCCAAGUGGAAGAGAAAUCGCCGCCUGCUGACGCGAUCCUUUCACCUGGACGUCUUGCGCGCCUACACGCCUGUCUCCAACGACUGCGUGGAGAUCCUUCUGGACAAGCUGGAGAGGUCUGCUGCACAGGACAAACCUUUCAACAUGUACCAAGGGUUGGUCCAGUGCACGUUUGAUGUCAUUCAACGCACUGCUUGCUCAUACAAGUCGGACUGUCAGGUGGAGAAGCCUAAGCAGUCGGAAUCCAUGGGCCUCGUCUCAGCCUGUGAAACCUUGCUAUGGUUUAUUCAUGAACGCCAAUUCAACAACCGCCUUCUCCUCAACCCAUUGAUCUUUCGGCUGAGUUCCAACUACGGCAAGUACGAGAAGGCCCUCCAGUACGUCCACGACUUUGCCACGAAAAUGGUCAAAGAGCGAAUGGAAGAAGUGUCUAAAAAGAAGGAGGCAGGCAACCCGAUCACCAAACCCCGUGAUUUCCUGGACACGCUCGUGAUGGCCAGAGAUGAGGAUGGGAGCGGACUGACAAUCAAAGAGAUGGUGGACGAAGUCAAUACUUUCCUGUUUGCUGGACACGAGACUACGGCCACUUCCUCGAUCUGGUUGCUGUUCUUCCUGGCCAAGCAUCCUCAACAUCAGAACAAGAUCAGGCAGGAGGUGGAUGAGCUAUUGGCAGACAGAGACUCGGAUACAAUCACCUUUAAGGACUUUGGUCGUUUAGAGUACAUGACCCUCGCUAUCAAGGAGUCCAUGCGAAUGAUCACGGCUGGCGCACUGUUCAGUCGCACUCUGCUUGAACCAUACACCGUGGAUGGCGUCACUCUUCCCGAAGGGACCAUGGUGGGGCUCAGCUUCCAUCAGCUCCACCACAACCCAACCGUCUGGGGAGACGAUCACAUGGAGUUCAAACCCUCUCGGUUCCUGCCGGAGGACCUCUCCAAGAUGGACCCGUUCUGCUUCGCGCCUUUCUCUGCCGGGGCGAGGAACUGCAUCGGGCAGCAGUUUGCCUUGAACGAGAUGAAGGUGUUCGUGGCUAGGAUCCUGAGGCGCUUCCGCCUGAGUUUGGUGGCAGGGGAACCAGACCCAAUUCCGACGAUGACCUUGGUGUCCAAACCCAAGAAACCGUUGUUUCUCAAGAUAGAAUCAGUCCAUAUGAAAUCUUAAAUUCAAAGCACCAUUACACCAAAUCUGGUGCAUUAAUUGUGGGAAACGUUCUGCUCAGUCAGCUGUCAAACUGAAGUAGUGCUUGAGAUAGCAUC